UGGGCGAAAUUUUACCUGUCACAGGUAUGACACAUAAAUAGGUCGCACAUAUUUCAAACGGUAAACAUGUAAAGAAUUUUACAUGGCUGAUUGAAAAACUUUUUAUUGAACACCGAUUGACAGGAAUAUUUUCAGAAGAAAUAAACGUUUGUGUUAAUUGUACGUUCAGAUAUGUAAAACUAAAGACGUAAGAUGGAAUCAGAGCCAGUGGCCUUGAUUUUAGCCUCCCAGGAGGAUGUUUUAUCUCACGGACAUGUAUUAUAUGGACUAGUCAAAGCGGGCAAGGAUGAAAACUGCGUGGAAUCAACAUCACGGAUGGUUAACGUUGUUCCAAGAAAGAGAAUUUACUGUAUGGAUAGCGUAGAUGAGCUGAUUGAAUUCCGAAAAGAAUUGUUAAAACGUCCGUUGGUACUGCAGCCAAUUAUACAGGCAGGAAGUGGUAUACAACGUCUAGAUUGCUUUUUCUGUGUGAAGAAAGAACCAUGGGUACUUAUGGUAAAUCAAUUUCAUCAGAAGAUAAUGGAAAAGAUCAGUUUGGGUAUGGACAUGGCGGCUAAAAGUAUGUUCAGAGGAGAACCUGUUGUCUUGGAGUUUGCGUUUGGUGAUAUUUUGAAGAAACAUUAUUAUGGAAACAUAUCGAAGUAUAUGUCAUCAAAGUUUGCCUACACAGACUGUGAAUAUGGUGAUAUAAUAAUCAGAUCGUCUCCUAACAGAUCGUUUGGAAAUAAAGUGGCACAGUUUAAAUUCAGUUUUGAGGAUGUAACUGCUAGUGAAAUUAAAGUAAGAACAAUUGAAGAGGCAGCUAAAGAAAAGAGAUCACCAGUGUUAGAGUUUAUACCUCAAAGUCAGUUGACAGAUAUUUUACCAAACUGGGUGUUCGAUGAAGUUGAAGUAGAAGAAUCAAUUGUUUCAACAUCGGAUUACCAUUCAGAUUCAAAUAAUGGCGCAACUGGUGGUAUGGUUGUGACGUCACAACCGCGUGAGUAUACACACUCUCGGCCAAAAUCAGAUAGCAGUAAACAUUAUGUGUCAGUUGACCUUCACGUGCAAGGAGAAAUGUAUAGCAAUGAACAAGAAAGUGUGCAAGAUUCUGAAAAUGAUUAUGAAAUAGGACGUAUUCGCCAUUUUCAUCAAGGAAGUGGGAGAUCAGAUUCGUCAAUGGCGGACAGUGGUUUUGGUGACAUAGUAGUGCACAAUGAGAGAGCACAAUUGCAUGACAGGAAAAUGCGGACAAAACAUAAGUUUCCUCAUAAAAGAAAUAAUUAUGAUAAUUAUGCAUUUGAGGACGAGGAUUUUGAAGAACCCGAGGUGGAUACGAUUAUAACACGAACUGGGAAGAAAACAUUUAGAUCUGUUGAUAAGGAAUCUUUGUCUGCACGAAUGAUGGAGGAAAGUUAUAUGUGAUGAAUUAUGCCAUAUUUUUUGCCAGUGCCAUAAUAUUUUCAAUUGUUAUAUUCGUUGGUAAUUUCUUCUUCAUUUAAUGAAUGAAAUUAUUUUCAUUUUUAUAUACUGUGAACACAAAAUUUGUAAGUAAUUUUGUUUAUUGUAAUUUGUACAUUGAGCUUCCACAAAUUUCAAGUCACUCUUAAAAAUGUCAAGACCAUUGAACAGGGCAAAUCAGGGAAUAUAAAAUAUGAAGCGUUUUGCUUCAGAUACACACUAGCUGCACUCAUUUAUAUCAAACUACAUAUGUAAAUUCCAAUGGUCUAUUUGCCAAUUCUGUAAUAAGAGAUCCAUUUGUAUGAGUUGGAGAGGGACCUACAUUUCCAUUGCCAAUGAAGAGCAAAUUUACAGUUGCGUAAUGUGUGUUAUCUGAAAGUUUGUUUUCAAAUCUUUCUAUUUGACUUGUUAAGGUUAAAACUGUUGAUAUCAAGAGUUAUUUUUCAAUAAGAAUAUGUUAACACGCCUAUGUAUCACAAAUUAUCUUGCCUUACACUGGCAACAGACCAGUCUGUCCGGUUUAGGAACAAUCUACAAUUGGUUAAGGCAAACAACAGUUUUUUUUAAUAUUUAAUAACAGAAUCGUUUUGGUAAAUGACAAAAAGACGAUUCUCACAGGUACUUAUUGACUGGUUUGACCUUCCCUUUUUAUUAUUCCUUUUCGUCACUUUUAUUUCAUGUUCAUAGUUAACUUUCAAUUACAAUCAAUGUUUCAGUAGAAGGUAGUGGGUGUUUACUUAUGACCCUUUGGGAUAAAACAAAUCUCAAAUGUUGAUUAUUAGCAGAACGUGAAUGAAAAGAAAUUAAACAAAAUAAAAAGGAAGAAGGUAAUUAAUUUAGUCAACAAGUACCUAUGAUGUAUCUUGGAGGUAUUUUUACUUCAAAUUUCAAAGAUAUCAGGUUUCGUAAAUAUAUUUCCAUUAAAUAUGCUUUACAUUGCUUAUUCAUAAAUUAAUCUUUGAUGAAUAUAAUCAAAAAUAUAUUUUGAAUGAUAUACAUACAGAUAUUGAAAAUUAAUAUCUAUAAAAAUAUCUUUUAAUGAAGAUUUCAAAAAUCAAUUAAACAUUCAUAUUUUCAAAAUAGAUUGUAAUGAAGAGCAUUAUUAUAAUUUAUCAUUUUAACAAAUUACUAAGGAGACUUGAUUUUUUAUUAAUAGUUUCAUUAUUUGUUCCUCAAAAGUUAUGAUUUUUUUCAUAAGAACCUACGAAAGAAAUAAAGGUUGAGAAAAUAAUCUAACUACGUUAGAUUACUGAUAUUCAUGAUGUGAAUAUUUUUUUCUUUUUCCUGGUCCAGGGGCCUAUCGAAAAUGUUCGGUUACAUCAGCACAACAUUGGAGUAUACAUUGUAAUGUUUGGAUAAAAAAAAUUACAGGUUUUGCGGUUGUGUUCUAUUUCAACCCUCCAAAAAUGGUUGAUAAUUUAGUUUCUCUGUUUUUAUUUUAUUUAUUUUUUUUUUUGCCCUUCAUCAAUAUUUCGCUCUGCUCCAAUAUGACUUUAAUUGUAUAUUAAGAGAACAAGACAAUAAUCAUUUAGAUUUUAUUUGGAAAUAGUUAACUUACAGAGUAAUCAGAAUAACAAACAGUUAGUCGACCAGAUAAAACAGUUACCAUAGGAACUGAAUCAUUGGAUGUGCAUGGAUGUAUAAUCCGUUUCAGGGUAACAUUUUUAUAAUUUCCAUAUUUUCCAUGAUUGUAUGCAAUUCUGUGGGAACGAACUGAAGCGAAAAGAGCAAACACUUGAUCAUUUCACGAUAUCUUACAGGUAAUUAUUAAUCUAGUCCUGGAUAAUGCUUAUUUUAAUAUUUAUGAUUGUUAUAACAUUCCGGGUCGUUUUUGUCUUUGCAAUAGUUUCCAUAUAUAUUUUAUUUAACCAUAUAACUUAUUAAUUUGUUAUGUGAAAAUAAAUAUUUUGUAUGUAUAUACAAUUACUUAUGCAAUAAAUAAAAUGUAAAAACUUC